UUCAACCAAACUACAUCAACACCUUCAAGAAAUGGCCUCAAAUGAAUCUAACACUAUUCUGAAAGAAAACAGCAAAACUAGCACAUAUCCGGUGUGUCCUGUUGCCAACUUCCCUCCUCCUAUGUGGGAUGAUCGUUUAUUGUCAUUAACUAUUGACUAUUCGGAGUUCGAAGCAUAUGCAAAAGCCAUUGACGAGCCAAAUGAAGAGCUGAGAAGAUUGAUAAUUAGUCUAAACAUGGAUUCAAAUGCGAAAUUAUGUUUGAUCAAUUAUGUGUACCCUCUUGGCCUUAGAUAUAUGUUUCGGGAAGUGAUUGAAUGUCAACUUGACAAACUUUUCAAGGAGCUGAACAUGGAAGAUUAUGAUCAAGCUUUUACACAACUUCGAUCAACAUCUAAGUUUUCUGACAAGAUGGUUAUAAAUUGUCUUGUGUUCAAAGAUAGCUCAGGUAAAUUCAAGGAAUAUAUUACAGCUGAUCUGAGGGGCAUGUUAAGUUUUUCUGAAUCUACACAACUGAGAAUAAGAGGAGAAUCUAUUUUAGAUGAAGCCUUCAUCUUCAUAGAAACUCAGCUUGUAGAUGUAGUAGACACUCUAGAAAGUAAUCUUGCACGGCAGGUGAGACAUGCGUUGAGCAGUCCUUCUCAUUGA